UGGCUUUCACUUUCCCUCUCUCUCUCUCUUUUUCCCCUUCUUCUCUCUGCUUCUUCCAAGACAUUCCAGAUGUGGGCUAACUUGGCUCUUCAGCAGCUAUACCUCCGGUUUCAAAUGAUAACAAAGACCCGUGCGUGUUAGAGUAUCCCCACUGGCUUGGUCUGCCACUGCUGUUUCUGGACUGGAUUGACUUUAUGACAGCUACCGCUGCUCUGGGAUCUCAAGCAUCCAGGAAAUAAAAACUAUACUGACAGUGUGGCUUUAAAAUGAGCUUGACUGUUUUUUGGAAAAGCUGUUGAGGAAGCAGGGAAUCCAGGGACACAGGGACAUCACGCUACUCCGUCCAUCCCUCAAACUCUCUGUGUGAUGUCUGAGGGAGACAUUACAGUGCUGCCUUUUGGACCUGGGUCCCUGGACCUGUCCAAGCAGGAAGCCCAGACGCUGACCAGGCUCUACAGUAUGAAUGGAGGCUAUCACCUAAGGAUUUUACCAGAUGGAACCGUCAAUGGUGGGAGGCAAGAAAAUGACACAUAUGACAUCCUGAGGCUGAAGGCUGUGAGUGCGGGGGUGGUGGUCAUCAAAGGUGAGGCGACAGGAAGGUAUCUGGCUAUGAACAGAAAUGGACGCCUCUGUGGAGUACAAGCUCUGAACGAUGAGUGUUACUUCCUGGAGAAAUACGAAGAGAACCAUCACAACACGUAUCGUUCUCAGAAGUACAACUGGUACGUCGCCUUGAAGAGGAACGGCCAGCCCAAAGCCGGACCAGACACCCACCAGGGUCAGAAGGCCGUUUUUUUCCUGCCAAGGCCUGCAGGAAACAUGUAAAGCCAGAUGUCAGCAGGCACUGUAUAUUCGCUAAAAUGUUUAAAUGCACAUUAUUAGUGUAAAAUUACACUUGACAAAUGAUUAUGAGGUCACUGAAAAUCUGUUAUUUCUGGUAAUGGCUGAGGCAAAACUCUUACUGGGCUAAAUGUCGCUCUUCAUACACAAAUUUAACAUUUGACUGAACAGUUUAUAAAUGAUCAUUGUAUGGAUAUGUGAUCAUAUCCAGCACAGUUUUGUUUGUUUUUUUGUAAGUGCAUAGCAUAUAUACUUUAUCUCACUGCAGAUAGAAAAUAUAUAAAGUGAUUCAUUUAAACCCUGAUUUGAAAUACCACAGGGAGGAAAAAAUAUGCAAUUUACAUACAUAAAUGUAUUUAGCAUUACUAAUGUCUGGCACAAAAAAUAUAUAUAAUUAAAGAAUAAAACCAAAAAUAUGGCAUUGAAUUCAAAAUUUAAGAAAGGAAAGAUAUUCAAGGUUUACAGUAGUAAUCUAAAAAUGUCUUAUAUGGAUUGAAUUAAUAAUAAUAAUUGAAUUUCAAUCAAUAGAUAUUUAGUCUUCCCAAACAAUUCCUCAUUUUGUAAUGAAUAUGUCGAUCGAGGGAGUCAAGAGAGCAAAGAUGAUAUGGUGUUACUGUGAAGCCAGAAUUCUUCCUUUUAAAACAGCAGCUCUUAAAUAAUUUGUGUUGCUAAGAAUUAUUAUUGUAUUAAUAUAUUGUAUUUGUGUGACUGUUGGAAGGCUGACAGACCUAUAAAAGCAGAUGUGAAAACUUUGUCAGAGAAACGAGUGAAGCUUUUAUUAAGUGUGUUUAUGUACGAUGUAUAGCAGGUAUAUAACGUAAGCUUUCUUUUAUUUUGUAAAAUGCUUCGCAGUUCAAGUAAAUUCCCCCCUUUUUAAUUUUGAUUUAAAAUCCUGUUACUGUAACUUUAUCCUAGAUUAUUAUGAAUAUGUAUUUAUAAAGAUUUAUUGCUAAUUGCUAAUUGCUAACAUUUUCUAAAUAAUGUAUGCUUACAGUGAAGGAAUAAAAAGGUAACUAUAUCACCUUUUCACAAAGUAAUACAUAUUGUAUUCACUCUAUUUAAAUGUAAUGAAUAAGCCUGUAUUAUUAUACAUGAAUGAAUAAAUACUAUUUUUGAUUUACUGUAUUUAUGAUAGUUAUUACCUCUGCCAAGGAGCAAUAUGUUAUUGGUAGGAGUUUGGUUGUGUGCCUGCCAUUCUUUCGUUUUGUCUGUUGUAGCGUGGGUGCGUGUUAACGAUCCAUUAAAAUCUGGCAUGCAUCCACUAAAGUCUUCACGGUCUUCAAAUGA